GCUGCCGCUCUUCAUCGUUUCCUACAUUUGCGCCGUUCUUUUUGUUGUUGGGCACGGAAACGUGUUGUGCGCACUUUCCCAAAAAUUUUCUCCCCGCCCCCCAUCAUGAGCCAGAAGACACAGAAAUCGGUGCAAUUCCACCAGAUGGAGCUGGACCAGCGCAUCCUUAAGGCGGUCGCUCAGCUGGGUUGGCAGCAGCCCACGCUUAUCCAGUCCACUGCAAUCCCGCUGCUUCUGGAGGGCAAGGACGUGGUGGUGCGUGCUCGCACUGGGUCCGGCAAGACGGCUACCUACGCUCUGCCACUCAUCCAAAAGAUCCUCAACUCGAAGCUGAACGCCAGCGAGCAGUGCGUGAGCGCUGUGGUCCUGGCGCCCACAAAGGAGCUCUGCCGGCAAUCGCGGUCAGUGAUCGAGCAGCUGGUCGAAUCCUGCGGGAAGGUGGUCCGCGUGGCGGACAUCGCCGGCAGCUCCAGUGACGCGGCGACCCAGCGGCAUGCCCUGGCGGAAAGACCCGAUAUCGUGGUGGCCACUCCGGCCAAGCUUCUGGCCCACGCCGAGGCCGGCGGAGUGGUGGACUUGAAACAUGUGGAGACGCUGGUGGUGGACGAGGCGGAUCUGGUGUUUGCUUUUGGCUACGAGAAGGAUUUCAAGCGGCUGCUCAAGCACCUGCCUCCGAUUUACCAGGCCGUCUUGGUCUCCGCUACUCUUACCGACGACGUGGUGCGCAUGAAGGGCCUGUGCCUAAACAAUCCGGUGACGCUAAAGCUUGAGGAGCCGGAGCUGGUCCCGCAGGACCAGUUAACGCACCAGCGCAUUCUGGCUGAGGAGAACGACAAGCCGGCCAUAUUGUACGCUUUGCUUAAGCUGAGGCUUAUACGCGGCAAGAGCAUCAUCUUUGUAAAUAGCAUCGAUCGUUGUUACAAGGUUCGCUUAUUUCUGGAGCAAUUCGGCAUCCGCGCCUGCGUCUUGAACUCUGAGCUGCCGGCCAACAUUCGCAUUCACACAAUCAGCCAGUUUAACAAGGGCACCUACGACAUUAUCAUUGCCUCCGACGAACAUCACCUGGAACAGCCGGGCGGCAAACCGGCCGGCAGUCGAAAGUCGUCGCGCAGCGGCGAUAUGGAGUCAAGUGCCUCGCGGGGAAUUGAUUUCCAGUGCGUAAACAACGUGAUCAACUUUGACUUCCCCAGGGACGUGACGUCCUAUAUUCAUCGUGCUGGCAGGACGGCCAGAGGGAACAACAAGGGCUCCGUUCUGUCCUUUGUGAGCAUGAAGGAGGCUAAGGUCAACGAUGCCGUGGAGACGAAGCUGUGCCAAAGCUUCGCCGCCCAGAAAGGCGAACAAAUCAUCAAGAACUAUCAGUUUAAGAUGGAGGAGGUGGAGUCCUUUCGUUACCGUGCCCAGGAUUGCUGGCGAGCCGCUACGCGUGUUGCCGUUCACGAUACUCGCAUCCGAGAGAUAAAGACGGAGAUCCUGAACUGCGAGAAGCUGAAAGGAUUCUUUGAGGAGAACAAGCGCGAUUUGCAGGCGCUGCGACACGACAAGCCACUGCGCGCCAUCAAAGUUCAGAGCCACCUGUCCGAUAUGCCCGAGUACAUAGUGCCCAAGGCCCUGAAGCGAGUUGUUGGCUCCACAUCCCUGUCAUCCGCUGGAGCUUCGGUAUCCAAACAGCCGCGUCAAUCAGCUGCCAAGGCUGCCUUUGAACGACAGAGCAACGAUCCGCUGAUGGUCAGCCAAGUGGACUUCGGCUCAAGACGACAAUCUUACCGUCGGAAAAAAAAGGCGUUGUAGACAAGCAACUGCCUCCGGGUCAAAAUAGUAAUUUGUAGUCACUUUUAUCUGUAAGUAAAUAUGGAUCGCUUAAAUUAAGGAAAAUCUGAUUGUCUGUUUGUAGUUUAACGGAGAUAUAAAAACAGCUUAAAACAUUUAA